AUGAAGGGUAAAGAACCUACUGCAGUCAUCACCUAUGGUGCCCCUGCAAUGCGAAAUGCAAUUACUCGAAUAUUACCUAAAGUUCAUCAUCGGUUGUGUGCGUGGCAUCUCUUACAAAAUGCUCAAAGAAAUAUUGGGGAUACUAAUUUUGUGAAAGGAUUGUAUGAGAAGAGGCACAUGUGGGCUACUUCUUUAAUGCGGGGAAAGUUCUUUUCUGGUUGCCGAACUACAUCACGCUGCGAAGGUAUGCAUUCCCAAAUUGGUCGCAUUGUGCGUUCCAGGAACAACUUACUUGAAUUUGUGCAGUAUUUUGAGCGCUAUGUGGAUUACAUGCGUUGGAGAGAAGUUGAUGCAGACUAUAAGUCAGUGGUUGGAGAUGCUACAUUGCAGACAAACGUACGAGGGUUGGAACGAUGUGCUGCCAAUGUAUACACUAGGACUGUUUUCCUCAAAUUUCGACCCUGGCUACAUAGUGGAAGCGUAAUGAAGGUAGCAGCGAUAAAGGAGACGUCAUCAUGUGUCAUAUACUCGCUGUAUAAGUAUCCUAAACCGGGUAAGCUGUGGCAUGUGGCUCAUGACGAAAAGCUGUCUACGUUUAGAUGUUCUUGUCAGCGGAUGGAGACUUUUGGGCUUCCCUGUGAUCACAUAAUUGGUCUGCUGGUGCAUCUUGACAUUGACGUCAUACCAGAUUCUCUAUUAUUGCCAAGGUGGAAUAAGGCAGCAAAAGAAUGUAUGAAAGUGAACGGUGAAUCGGCCUUCAAAUUCUGGGAGUCAACAGUUUUGGCUAGGUUGGGUUCCUUGGUCAUGAGAAGCAGAGAAAUGUUUAACUUGGGCUGUGAAUCUAUGGAGGACUAUUUGGAUACGGUGGAUGUAAUGGCGAAGCAUGUAGAGAAACUGAAGACAAAAAAUAUUGCUGCCAAGGGAGCAUGCGAUGAUAACGGUGACACCCCAAAUGAUGCGUUUGACAAUGUAAAAAAUCCUAAUGUUAUUAGGAGCAAAGGAGGUGGUGGAACCCCGGGUGGGAGUGGAAACAAGGCCAAAAGAAAGUGCACUGUUUGUAAGAUGGAAGGGCACAACAAAACUACUGAAGGUUUGUCAAGGGUGCAUGAGGAGAAUUAUUAUUAUGUAGUUGAAGCAAAGUGA